UGGAAUUUCACAGUUGCCUCAAAGUUUUAUUAGAGCUUGCAUCUUUUCAUAGAGAAGAGGAACUUGAGUUAAAAAUAAUACGAGUUUCAAAAAUGAACAAAACGAUUUACCUUUUCAGCGCCCUUGCUUUCGCCUACUUCACUCUGACUGUCGCACAACAGGCUGCUUCUACCGCCCCAACUAACAGCCCUUCUCGUUUCGAUAGUCGCGGCCGCUAUAAUCCCUACACCAAUGAUCUAUACUAUAAUAACCGUUUCUAUAAAAAUCGCGACUAUUACAAUCGCCAAUACUAUGAUAAUCUCUUCAAGAAAUAUAAUCCUGAUGUAACAGCACCACAAGCACGUAUCCUACAACAGGAUGUAGAGCAAAAUCAUGAUGGCACCUAUACAUACUCAUACGAAACAGAGAAUGGCAUACAAGCUGAGGAGCGUGGUGUACCGGUAAAACUAGGCACUGAAGAGCAAAAGGAAGUGGUUGAAGGUUCUUAUUCAUAUGUGACGCCCGAUGGCAUGCGGGUUAUUGUCAAGUACACUGCCGAUGAAAACGGUUACCAUCCAACAAUUACAUAUGACGGUGUUAAUGCUGCUCGCUUUGCGAUUCUCCAACAACCAGCUGAUAUUGUGAUUACGCGCCAGAAUUGAUUGUAUUUACCGUGACUUAGCAGAGAUUUUGAAAAAAGAAGCACAAUGAUUAAAAAAAAGGUAACAAUGGUCAACUUCUGCUAAUGAGUUUCGUUGUACAAUACGAAAUCGCAAUAAAAAAUUCUCGUACAAGACAA